CUAGUGGCUCACAUCCACCAAAACGUCAAUUAAUUCGAAGCCUGCUAGAUUUCAGUUCAGUUUGGACCUUACCUAUCUUUAACAUAGUCUAUAAUUCUCCAUAUCAACUCCAUCCUCAUACACCGAGGCCGAGCCUUAUCUCCUUACAGUGCCCAACCACAUAUCUACCUCCUUAGAAACCAUGGCCUCUAAAGGCAUAUCGGCUAAGAAGCAGCAAGAGUUGCAAACAACAUACUCAAACUAUAAGAAUACACUGCAACAACUCGCCCAGAAGAUUGGUGAUGUCGAGCAAGAAGCCGAAGAACACAAGCUUGUUCUUGAUACCUUGGAACCGCUUCCUGGGGAUCGUAAAUGUUUCCGCAUGAUCAACGGCGUGCUGGUGGAGAGGACAGUCCAGGACGUAAUCCCUGCUUUGAGGACUAACGCCGAGGGGUUGAAGAAAGUACUCGAGGACUUGGUCAAACAGUACAAGAUCAAGCAGGAUGACCUAGAGAAAUGGAAGAAGAAGAAUAAUAUCCAGGUCGUACAGUCGUGACGCAGCCUCGACGCUGCAAUGCAGAGGCGUUGUUCUAGGAACCAUGUUAAGGUUACGAUACGGACAGCAUUUUAACACAACUGAUUCAUGGAAUGUGUUGGUCUUUUUGGGCACUAUAACUAUAUUAGAAGUUCGAUCGAGAUCCAGCUGGACUGACUUGUCGCACGACGUUGAGGUGGAUUAGAUUGUGCCGUAUAGCGCCUGCCUUCACGGCGCCGGCAAAGCCACAGCGAUAUCGAAAAGAUGGUGUUGA